CCUUAGCUGCCGAACUCCUUGGCCGCUCCACGGCCCGCGAGGAGGAGGCGGCGGCGGCGGCCGGCUCCUGAGACUGCGGACGAACUUGGCUCUUCCUCCUUUUCCCGUCAGUGUUUCUGUCUCCGGGCGAGGGAGCCGGGUGAUCUCUAGAGCCCUUCCUAACCGUGUUCACGGUAGGGAGCCUGGCUUCGUUCAACGAUUCCGGGCUUCGAGGCCCCGUUUGCUGGCCUUUUCUGGAAGACAGGAGAGCGGUGGCGAAUCUUUGGAUUUGUUGCUCUGUGUUGUAUGAGGUGGACAGACACACUAUAGCCAUUAUGGCGACAUCAUCUGAAGAAGUGUUACUAAUAGUAAAGAAGGUGCGUCAAAAGAAACAGGAUGGGGCUCUUUACCUCAUGGCUGAAAGAAUAGCCUGGGCACCUGAGGGCAAAGACCGCUUCACAAUCAGCCAUAUGUAUGCGGACGUAAAAUGUCAGAAAAUCAGCCCUGAAGGAAAAGCAAAGAUUCAGCUUCAGUUGGUAUUGCAUGCAGGGGACACAACCAACUUCCAUUUUUCUAAUGAGAGUACAGCAGUGAAAGAGCGAGAUGCCGUAAAGGAUCUUCUUCAACAGUUGUUGCCCAAAUUCAAGAGGAAAGCUAAUAAAGAACUUGAGGAAAAAAACAGAAUGCUGCAAGAAGAUCCUGUUUUGUUUCAGCUUUAUAAGGACCUUGUUGUGAGUCAGGUGAUCAGUGCUGAAGAAUUCUGGGCCAACCGUUUAAGCAUGAAUGCCAUAGAUAAUUCUAAUGCAUCUAAUAAGCAAGAUGUGGGCAUUUCUGCAGCUUUCCUGGCUGAUGUUCGACCUCAAACAGAUGGAUGCAAUGGUCUGAGGUAUAAUUUAACUUCAGAUAUCAUUGAGUCUAUAUUUCGGACCUAUCCUGCAGUAAAAGUGAAAUAUGCAGAAAAUGUUCCUCAUAAUAUGACAGAGAAAGAGUUCUGGACGCGAUUCUUCCAGUCCCACUAUUUUCAUAGAGACAGGUUGAAUGCAGGAUCAAAAGACCUUUUUACAGAAUGUGCCAAAAUUGAUGAAAAGGGGUUGAAGACAAUGGUAUCUCAAGGGGUAAAAAAUCCUUUAUUAGAUUUAACAGCCUUAGAAGAUAAAUCAUUGGACGACGGUUAUGGCGUUUCCUUGGGGCCUUCCACAUCCAACUCAGUUAAUAAAUCAAUAAAGGAGAGUAGCAAUGCUGCCAUUAUAAAACGUUUUAACCAUCACAGUGCCAUGGUCCUUGCAGCGGGGCUCUGGAAACAAGACGCACAAAAUGAUCACUAUAGUGAGACCAAUAGUAUGGAUGGAAACUCCAGGGAUUCAGAUGCCUUUCAGCCGCCAAUUAAAAAGGUAAAGCUGCAAGAAUCCAUUGAAUAUGAGGAUUUAGAAAAUAAUAACAGCAUUAAAACUAUUGCACUAAACCUAAAGAAAUCAGAUAGGUAUUAUCAUGGUCCAACACCAAUUCAGUCCCAGCAAUAUGCAACUAGUCAGGAUAUUAUUUAUUCUUUGCAUAGUAUUAGACAAGAAAUGGAAAUCUAUGUCCCCAAACUAACUCAGGUUCUGUCAAGUGGUGCUGCUAGUAAUACUAUCUCAGCCCUGUCACCUGGAGGAGCACUUAUGCAGGGUGGAACACAGCAAGCCAUAAACCAGAUGGUGCCAAAUGAUGUUCAGUGUGAGUUAAAACACUUGUACGUGGCAGUGGGGGAGCUGUUGAGACACUUCUGGUCCUGCUUUCCUGUCAAUACGCCAUUCCUAGAAGAGAAGGUUGUGAAAAUGAGGAGCAAUUUGGAAAGAUUUCAAGUUACAAAACUUUGCCCAUUCCAAGAAAAAAUUCGAAGGCAGUAUUUAAGCACAAAUCUGGUAAAUCACAUAGAAGAGAUGCUGCAAACAGCCUACAAUAAAUUCCACACAUGGCAGUCCAGGCGUAUGCUAAAGAAGACGUGAAGACCCAGUGAGGUCAAAGUAUGAGGGAAGAAUUUGCAACAGCUGUAGGACCACAACUAUCCAAUGUGUCGAUCUUACAGACAUUGCAGGGAAGUUAGCAUCAUCUGGACUGUUGAAAAUGAUGCUAACUAAACUUGCACACUUCUGGGAAAGGAUCAAAGGUCAAACUUGAAAACUGGGGAGAUAAAAGGAACCAAACCAGAAGAGCAAAGUGGCAAAUAUAUAUGUUAAAAAGACACUGUUUACUGCAGUUACUCAGGAACUGCUUUUGAUUUUUGUAAAGAGCUGCUUUCAGAAAUUAAAAAAAACUUUAAAAGGGGUGUAUUAAUAAAUCCAAGAUUGUUUCUCUAGUUUUUUAAAGUAUGGCACAGGGUAGAACUUAACAUUUCUUUCGUCACUGUAUCCUGGCAUUUUAUUAAAUUCUGUUUAUACUUCUAGGAAUAGGUUUAAUUUUUUUUAAUAUAAUGGAGAGACUGUUUUGCCUCAAAUUGUUAAAGAGAGUUUAAUCGCUAAUUGAUACCUUUUGCCACAUUUCCCUACCAAUCAACAGCCAUUGCACUGAGAGAAUUUUGGCAUGAAAAGAGGCGAACCUAACUGAAAGGGAGUGGUGUUCUUAUGCAGAAUUUUUACCAGUCAUCAAGUUUUCAUGUUUUCUUUGGAGUUCAAGUGUGUGCUACUUCAGUUUUUUAAAGAUGAGAUUUGUUUGGGGGGUGGAAAAAAAACAUUUUAAAGUAGAUUUAACAAACUUGCUAAUUUUUGUACCAUUAAAAAGAGGGGAAAAUAAUCUUUAAAUGUGCUUUUCUCAGCUCUCUCCUGAUGACUGUUAGCGCUAUAUUUGGCGACUAGAUAAUCAUUGAAAAGUGAAUUUGAAAUAACUUUAGAUAUAUUUACAAUCUACAUCAUAUUCUGGUCCAAACAUGAAGCAUUUCACUCUUACCUAAGAUGUACCUGCCAUGUAUUAAAUACUUGUUAAAACAAAGUAAACUUGUUUUAUAUAGUCCAUGGAGUCAGACUCCUUAUAUUUCAUUGUCUUAAUGUCUUCCUCGUGAACAGAGUUUAUACUAGGACCAAGCAGCUGGCUUAGAUAAUGUGUGGUGAGACCUGCUGAGAUAUGUUUAAUAAACCAAGAUGGAUUGAAUGGUGUUUCACAGCAGUCAUCACAUUCAUUGGAAAGAAGACACAGUCCUUUUUUAUGACUACACUGGUCAUAAAUAUCCAUCUUAAUCUCCAAACAGAAUUGUAUUACUGUGUUAACAGUGUACAUUUUGAAUUGCUACCUGUUUUGAGUGGGUAUACACUCUAGCACUGGUCAGUUUGUGAGCCACAACCAUUAGAGUGUGUACAUAUUACAUGUUCACACAAUGUUUUCUGGUGAUUGAUACUGUGCAACAGCCAGAAGUCAAAGCAAGCCAUUGUAUGUAUUUAUGCUGAAAUGCUACGGAGCAGAUUUAAGGCAUUAUUCUUAAGAAACUUGGUGUUUGCCUUUUCAGAGAGGCUGCAUGUCUUAUGCUGGUAGUAACUAAUGAUCCUGUUCCAAAACGCACAAACUAUUUCUAUUAAAUUCAGCAAGUUUACAGUGAAUUGUGAAAACCUGGAAUUAAUAAUGAAUAAUAAAACUGAUUCUCUUUUGGAAAUGUCCUCUUGCUAAAAAUGGUUCUUGAAAUAGCUUGUUAUUUAUGUUUUUGGGUAAGUCACUCAAGUAAGAGUCCAUUUAUUUUGAUGUUGUGGCACCAAUGGUAGAUAGCAUACACCCUCUAUUGUACAACAUCACUGCAACAAAGAGUGUACUUCUGACUGCAAACAAAACUGAAGUGCUUGAAACUGACUUUAAAGCUGUCGUAUUUUCUAAUUAAUCCUGUUGCUAUUAAAGCAUAAGGAUAAGUUUGCACUGACAAUUCUGAGCAAUAAUUUUCUUAAAGGUGGGUUCAUACAAAAUUUGCCCAGUAAAACAAAUACUGGCAGUUUGUUCGGCAAAAUAUUUUUUUUUCUGUUUUCAUCCUGGUUUUUCAAGUGUUAAUGAAGUAUCAAGCUUCAGAGAGAGUAUAGUUGCAGAAGUAUCCCCAACCAGAGCUAAGCCCUUUGAUAUUUUCAGUUAUUUGGGUAAGAACCACCAUUUUUCCCACCAGAAGAUGGCAAUAGCAAUCUAUCAUGCAAACUUUUCUUACGUAGCUCUUUAUUUUUGCUGUCUGAUCUCUGCUGAUUUCAGUACUAUUUAAGCAUGGUCCAAACUGUUGAGUGAUCAUUAACUGUGAAUUGUUUUUCGCUUAACCAUACAGUCAUGGAAUCUGAAAUUGAACAUGUAUUUAAUGGAAACUCAUAAAAAUUGUAUCACUGGCACUGAUCAAAAUUAUAGAAUAAAUCUGAAUUCUACAGUCAA